AUACUUGGCGACGGGACCACGGAUUGUCAAUCAACCAGACUCAUGAUACCACAGCCACGCCAUUUCUCAUGGCCAUGGAUUAUUCAGACGCGGCUUAUUGUCCUCGCCUCGGACUUGGACGACGAGUGACACGAGUCAACAGCGCCCAGGAUGGUUUAGUGCGUGUCGGUGCUCGAGUGGGAUGCGCCGGCGUGUUGUGUGGGAUGAUGACCUCCCAUCUUAUGCCGAUGGAAUGUGGGCGCUUCAAAGUCCAAAACAUCGCCUUUAGGACCAAAGUUGACAAAUCCGUCAAUUCCAUUCGGUUCGGAAUUAAUUGAGAACCCGCAAAGCCGAUGCCAGGCCCCUUGACACGUCAGCAAACGGCCGUACAUGCCCUCUCCACCACCUCGCACUGCUCGCAGCACCCGCAGUUCCCCAUCUAUGCCCUCCUCCGCAGCGCCAGAGGCUGCUCCAUCGCAUGCCUGCCACUGCGGCAAGGUCUUCUUGCGCAAGGAGCACCUUCGUCGCCAUCAGGCCACCCACUCUCAGCCGUCUUUUCAAUGCCCCACGUGCGGACGCUCCUUCACCAGGAACGACGUACUCAAGCGACAUCUUGUCGUGCACGCCUCGCGCAACGGCAAAGGCUCUGCGAAAAGCUGGCGAGCGUGUGAUGCUUGCCACGAGAACAAGACCAAGUGUGAUGGAGGCACGCCUUGCGGAUUCUGUGUCAAAAAGGACCUGCGCUGCACCACGGACCGCCCUGGAAAGGAUGACUUGACGCGGUCGCAUGAAUCUGAGGCUACCGGAAACCUAGCAACAGAAACACCCGUCCAACAAGAGGGCCGGGACGAAAGAGCAUCAGAACCUGUGUCACAAGAUGCAGAUCGAGAACCACUGGAUCAGUCGUUCGUCGAGCAGGGUAUUGCCCAAGCUGGUCUCUCCUGCAUUCUCAAGGCCGUGUCAUCUAUAUCGGCCGGCGUUGAAUGGACCCCAGAGUCACGGCCGCACGAGCGUUAUGAUGAAUGGAUGUCAUGCUGCUUGGACCAAUAUCUGGGCAGAUUCCACGAGAGGUGGCCUGUCGUCCAUUCGCCGACUUUUGACCGCACGACAGACAAUGCCUUGCUGGUCAGUUCAAUGACCAUGGUGGGUUCCUGGUAUCACGACGGCUUGCUCGUGAAGGACAGCUUAAUUGCUAUCAACGACAAGAUCACGAGCCACGUAACCAAGUUGCUGGCCAACGAUGACUUGGACGAGAGCAAGGCCUGGCCGUUCGAAACGUAUCAGAUUGGUCUGCUUAAUAUUAUUUUCGCUUUUGAAACCGGUCAACGGUGGCAGUUCGCCCCAGCAAGACGACUACUCAAUCUCAUCUUGAACUCUUUCCGGCACCGCCGCAUCUUCGAUCCAGAUUCUCUCGAAAAUCACAGAAAAGUACAUCAUCCGGGGAAAUUUGAACCUUGGGUUCACAAUCAGCGGAGCCAGUGGAAAAACCUCUCUGCCGUUGCAUUCAAAAUCGACACGUAUUUCGCCCUCUUGUUCAAAGAUCCACGUAUUCUUCAUGCCGAAGAAAUCGAACUGAGCCUCCCCUGCACCUUUGCUUCCGAGAAUGCCGCGGGCAUCGUUCGAUUCUUCCAGCGUCUCAAACGAGAGCCGCCUGAGAGGGAGCACAUCACCGUGGCCGACUAUGUGCUCUACCCGGAAAGGUUCGAGGAGCAAAUGAGUCACACCGCUCUCGAAGACAUCAACCUCGGACUCCUUGGUUGCUACCGUGACAUCUGGCGACAUAUGCAAAAUCGAAGAAGUCAUUGCCAAAUCCGGAUGGUCUUGGCAGGGCCACUCUCCGAGAGACUCGAGCUAUGGAAAUCAAAAUUAGACACCAUUUCACGGACACUAGGCGGAGCAAGCAACACCGACGAUACGGACAACGCCGUCCGAAGCCUCGCCAUGUCCUACCUAUGCCUGGAAGAACCAGGCGACCCGGGCUGGGAGGCGUCCGUGCUGGCGCGCAUGGCAGCGCACUUUAUGAACGCGACAAUGCUGUACCACAUGCUGCACAUGCACUUGAGGAUGGAUGGGCGCGUUGUCUAUGCCUUCGCCAUCGGCCGGUGGAGUCUUGGGAACACCGCCCACGUGCCCCAGAGUCUGUUCAACACGGCCGCGUUGCAGGUCUGGGCUCGUUUACCGCCUGGCAGGGCUGCUGUCGUCCAGGCACUGCUCGCUCUUCGAAGCUACGAGAACGGCGCCGCCAUGACUGCAGGUGGCAUUAACCUGUGCUCGGAUCCGAUUGCGCACGUCACCUUGGCCACAGCCGGCAUGGUGCUGCGAGCUUGGUUCCAGGGGAGGGACGUUGGCUGCUGGUGCUGCCCCGAUAAUACUAUGGCGCUUCCCGAGCUGAAUCUGGACGAUGCCCAUGGCUGGAUAGAGCAUGGUGUGUCCGUGGCCGUGGCGGGCGUGGCCUUGUGCCGAUGUCAGUGGACAUACUGGAUGGGGAGAUGCGUGGAGGCUCUGGUCAAGGGAGCUGCCCUGUGGGAACUGCGAGCCGAUGUGAUUGAGGCUCUGCAGAAGCCGAUACCAUCUUGUUCUUUGGAUUCAGCCUAGGCUCAGGGGAGGCCCAUGUCGCCAAUUACUCUGCACGUGGGAGCUCUGGUUAACUGAACAUUUCAUCACGGAACGUUGCCAACAUAUCAAGUCUGCGCCUGGUGACUGUCCUGCAACAAAUUCAAAUUUUC